GGCUGUGGGAGACGGGUCUCCGGCGUCUUUGGUCUCCAGCUGAUGGAAUCUGGGAAGUCCGAAACCACCAUUUUAGAAUCAGGCUUGGAAUGGGCUAAAAACACCAUCUUUCAAUCCCAGCUAAUGCCCCGCCCUCCACGCCGGAGGUCCGGAAGCGGACGUGAUGGAUACGGAAGUAGCCUGCUGUUGCCGAGGGGACGGGACGGGCAGAUGCCAACAUGGCAGCGGUUGGGGUUGGCGGAUCAUCCGCGGCGGCCGGGCCUGGGGCCGUGUCCGCGGGCGUGCUGGAGUCUGGGUCCGCUACAGCGGCUCACCGGCGCCUCAAGUACAUAUCCUUAGCUGUGCUGGUGGUCCAGAAUGCCUCCCUCAUCCUUAGCAUUCGAUAUGCUCGCACACUGCCUGGGGACCGCUUCUUUGCCACCACCGCUGUAGUCAUGGCUGAAGUACUCAAAGGUGUCACCUGUCUCCUGCUGCUCUUCGCACAGAAGAGGGGUAAUGUGAAGCACCUGGUUCUCUUCCUCCAUGAGGCUGUCCUGGUGCAGUAUGUGGACACACUCAAGCUUGCGGUGCCGUCUCUCAUCUAUACCUUGCAGAAUAACCUCCAGUAUGUUGCCAUCUCCAACCUGCCAGCUGCCACUUUCCAGGUGACAUAUCAGCUGAAGAUUUUGACUACAGCACUGUUCUCCGUGCUCAUGUUGAACCGCAGCCUCUCACGCCUGCAGUGGGCCUCCCUGGUACUGCUAUUCACUGGUGUUGCGAUUGUCCAGGCACAGCAAGCUGGUAGCGGUGGCCCUCGGCCACUGGAUCAGAAUCCCGGGGCAGGACUAGCAGCUGUCGUGGCCUCCUGCCUCUCCUCAGGCUUCGCAGGGGUCUACUUUGAGAAGAUCCUCAAAGGCAGCUCAGGUUCUGUAUGGCUGCGUAACCUACAGCUAGGCCUUUUUGGCACAGCACUGGGCCUGGUGGGGCUCUGGUGGGCUGACGGCACUGCUGUAGCCCAUCAAGGCUUCUUCUUUGGGUACACACCUGCUGUCUGGGGUGUGGUACUAAACCAAGCCUUUGGUGGGCUCCUGGUGGCUGUCGUUGUCAAGUAUGCUGAUAACAUCCUCAAGGGCUUUGCCACCUCCCUGUCCAUUGUGCUGUCCACUGUUGCCUCCAUUCGCCUCUUUGGCUUCCACCUGGACCCUUUAUUUGCCCUGGGCGCUGGGCUGGUCAUUGGUGCCGUCUACCUCUACAGCCUCCCCCGAGGUGCAGUCAAAGCCAUAGCCUCUGCUUCUGCCUCUGCCUCUGGGCCCUGCAUUCACCAGCAGCCUCCUGGGCAGCCACCACCACCGCAGCUGUCUUCUCGAGGAGACCUCAUCACGGAGCCCUUUCUGCCAAAGUUGCUCACCAAGGUGAAGGGCUCGUAGCUGCUGGAAUUGAAGAUGCUGGCCUGCCUUCGUUCUCCCUUCUUGCCCUGGCCCAGCUGGGACUAAACUCUUAUCAGUAUUAGGGGUAGGGUGAGGUAGACAUGGGAACUCCCUGUCCCCACCAACCCUGCCCCACAUAGGGCUGACAUGACUAACCUGUUAAUGGGCCCACCUCAACUCCCGCUACUUUGCAGUAUUUCUUAGGUGAGUUUCUGCAAAUAAAAU